GUCGUGUUUUAAUUUCUACAAAUUUCAAUUCUAUCGCUAAUAAAUACUAACUGUACCAAAUAAGAGUGAAUUUAAGCUCUGGAGACGACUUAUUCUGGAAAAAUGCGUCGCAAUAUGAACCAAAUGCCAGCGCGAGGUGGCCCGUUGAUGACGGAUCAUUUACAAGAUUUAGAGUUGGAGCUUGAGCUUCUAAAGCGUAAGAGGCAGCUGAUCCAGCGUCAGCAAAGCAGUAUGCUCUAUGACCGUCCCAGCGCGCCCCUUCUUGAUAAUAUGAGAUACAACCAGCCGUCUCAAUCGUUUAACGAUCGGUUCAAUGAACCUCAGCAUUUGAACUUUUCUCAUUUGUACAAUGAAACCCCUCGGAACAACCAGGGCUUUGGCUUGAAACGUCAAGCGCAGCCGGCCUGGUCUGGCGCACCCAGCAACAACAUGGGUGGUCAAAAGCGGCCUAGGCCGAACCCCUUCAUCCAACCAUUCCAAAAUAAUACACAACAACCUUUCCAACGGCCCGGGUUUAUCCCCCAGCCUCUUCUGAACACUCCCAAAAUUAAACCGCUUAUGAACUUCCCGGUUCAAAGAAACCGCCCUGUCAACCGACCAAAUAUGAAGCAAAAUCAAGGCCCUAAGCCUCUCACUCAGCAUCCAAAUUUCAAGCAAAAUAAGCCCGCCAACGCCAACCGACCCGGUAACGCAAACCGGCCUGCCAACGCAAACCGUCCUGCCAACGCAAAUCGGCCUGCCGGUUUCGUAGCUAAAAAGAACACAUCCCCCAAUAAGCCCGUUCAAAACAAUUCUUUCAAUAACUCACCAUCCAAAAAGGCGCAGGAGCGCAUUUUCACGGCCAAUAAGAAGCCGAAUAAUAAAAUGAACGGCCGGUUAGAGUUAGCUCUAGGGAUGAUCGUUAAAGAGAUCAAGGUGACAUAUGAAAACAAGCCUGAAUACAAGGGUCUGUUUUCCUAUCUCCCGCUCACUCGCCUCAUGAAGCAAGGCGUCCGGGAGCGCUUGCACUCCGCAAUGGACGGGAAAAAGGUUGAUAAGACCUCGGACAUACUGGCGGAGUACCGCCAGAAAUUCCCUCUGGAAACCGACAAGGAAAUCGUGGAACUCGCGUCACUUGAGCAGAAGAAGGACGACCAAAAACUCGAACUUGCGAUCACUUUGCUCGAAGAAGGUGACCCGGAACAAUUUUUCAAGAAAAACAUGAACAAAUUACUGCAAGCGAGAUUUGAUGAGAUGAUGGGAAAGCUUGAAAAGAUGAUUACUGAAGAAAGUAAGGUCACAAAAGCUGAAAUCCUGGAGAAUUUGCCGGAACUUAAGAAAGAACCGCCAAUUGGUAAUACUAAAGACACUUCAAAGGCUAACGAUAAUGAUUUAGAGGAAGCUGAAGAUACUCCUGCUAACGCUGAAACAGCUGAAAAGGCCGCCGAGGCACCAGCUAGUGCUGAAACAGCUGAAAAGGCCGCCGAGGCACCAGCUAGUGCUGAAACAGCUGAAAAGCUUGCUGAAGUUGAAUCAGCAGUUGAGAAUGCAGAUGAAACAGCAAAGCCGGAUGAACCAGUACAGGAGAAUGGAUCUGUUUUGCACUAUAAGCAGAACAUGUAUGAAAAGUGGCUCUCAUUUUACAUUCAGCGCAGGCUGCCUUCGUUGGUACAUAGACAUAGAUCUAACAUCCUAAAGGUGUUCGACCUGGACCACAUGUACUCUAACACGAAGGCGGCCAUUAUCAUCAACGCCAACAGCAAGGCCCAGGCUAUGAAGGCUGGUCAGAAGACCGACAGCGAACAGGGCAAGGAUGAUCCUGAACUGCCGCGCAAUCUGCCGUAUUUUGCUAAGGUACUAGCAGUUCCAGCCAUGCCCAAGCGUAAGAUCAUGCAAGAGUUCCUGAACAAGUUCCAACCGAAGACCAUCAAGCGGCAUAAGAAGAACUACAACCUGCUGUUUGUCGGGUUCGACUCCAAGGAGAACUAUGACAAGAUUCUGGCCGCAAACCAGACUACACUAGGCAACGCAACCCUCAGCAUCCUCGGAAACGUGUCCAAGGCGCCUACAAAUGAGACGGACGAUCAGACCGAUCUCGACCAAGUCCUGACUCCGCAGCUCGACGAUCAGAUCAACGAUCUCCUCAGUUCCAUCCGUAAAGCAGAUGAGGAGUCUAAUGCCAACGGCGAUGACAGUGUCGCUGAAGUUGAUUUAACUCUGGAGGAAAGUCAAGAAGUGCAAGAUACUUCAAACGAGACGUCAAAAGUUGAAGAAAUGGUCAAUGAAAUAAGUGAAACUGAUAAUUCUCAAGAAAAUGAAACUGACGAUAAAAGCGAUGAUUGCGAAGUUGUUGAGGCGAAUGGGAAUAGUGUAGUUACUAUUGAAGACGAUGAAGUCACUCCGCUAAAAACUGAUGAAGUUCAGAAGCCAGCAGCACCGGCCACUCCGGCUAAAGGUCGAGCCCCGGCUACACCAAGGUCUGUUAACACCAGGCGAUCCAGCCGUCUCCAGAACUGAGAUCACUGCCUUUAAACUCUGUUCCAUUAGGACAGCGGUACUCAACCUGCGGCCCGCCGGGUUUUUUUAGGUUAGAUC